AUGCGAACUCCUUCCGUUUAUGCGAGCUCCCCUCGACUCAUGCGAGUUGAUACCGCGAGCUCUCCUAAUUGUCCUCUCACAAUGCGUCUUGCGCGCAUCCAUCUGUUAUUUGAAGCAAAUGAAGUCAACACAUCAUUGAGUUACAUAUGUAUGAAGAAGAAUUCAGUAGAAAGCAAGGGAUGUAUAGAGGACCCAUUUCACAGUGAUGUUCGACAAACUCAUGUUUAUAGCCGCCCAACAACCUACAACCAACAAGACAACGUUAAUCCCAUCAACAAUAAUGAAGUUUGGUCGAGGAUUGAUAGGGUCACUCUCAAGGUAAUCAAUGUCGAUGAAUUUGGAGCUAAAGCUAAUGGAUUUGACGAUUCUCAGGCAUUUAAGGAAGCUUGGGAGUUGGCUUGUAACUCGUCUCAAGGAGCUAUUGUGGUGGUCCCUAAGAACAAAAUUUAUCAUCUUAAGCCAAUUGAUUUCUUUGGACCCUGCAACUCUCCUCUCAUAGUGAAGAUCCAUGGAACAAUUAAAGCCACUGUCCAUCACUCGGAUUAUAAAGCACACGGAAGACGACGAUGCCUUUACUUUGCUAAUGUUCAGAAUUUAAGGGUAGAAGGUGGAGGCAUCAUCAAUGGCAAUGGCAGAACAUGGUGGCAAAAUUCUUGCAAAAUUAACAUAGCCCUCCCUUGCAAGGAAGCACCAACUGCGCUAACCUUUAGCCAAUGCAGUAAUCUGAGAGUAGCAGGGCUGCGGAUCCGAAAUGCUCAACAAAUGCAUCUUUCAUUUAACAAAUGUGUCAAUGUAAAAGCUCUCAACCUUUCCGUAAUUGCUCCUGGAAACAGCCCCAACACGGAUGGAAUCCAUGUGUCUGAAACCCACAACAUACACAUUAAGAACUGUGUCAUCAAAACUGGUGAUGAUUGUAUCUCUGUUGUGAGCGGCUCGCAAAAUGUACGAGCCACAGAUAUAACUUGUGGACCGGGACAUGGAAUCAGCAUUGGGAGCUUAGGAGCUAGAAAUUCUGCAGCUUAUGUAUCUAAUGUAAUAGUGAAUAGAGCAACAAUUUCAGAUACCACCAAUGGGGUUAGAAUAAAGACUUGGCAGGGAGGAUCAGGGUAUGCCAAAAACAUCAAAUUUCAGAAUAUAAUGGUGCAUAACGUGAGCAAUCCUAUAAUCAUAGAUCAAAACUACUGUGAUCAUCAUAAAUCACCAUGCCCCUGUAAGGUAUCAGCAGUGCAAGUGAGCAAUGUGAUUUACGAAAACAUCAGAGCCUCCAAUGUUGCCCUGAAAUUCAAUUGCAGCAGGAGGUUUCCUUGUCGGGAGAUUUUUUUGCAAAAUGUAGCUAUAACAUCAUCAAAAGAAGAUAAAGAACAUACUGCAGAAGCUUCAUGCACUAAUAUUAGAUUGUCUUACCGGGGAAAUGUUUUUCCACCUUGCUGAUCUUCAUCAAUCUCUGCCUCAGAAGAAGAUGCCAAACCAAACUGCCUUCAUAAAUUAAUCUUAAUAUGAAAUGCUUGCUUCUUACUUACGUAAAUUCAUACUUUACGAUCUAUAUAUAUGGAUACUUAUUUAAUGUUAUACAUGCGUAAUUUAGUUCAUAUACAUAUAUAUACUCUUUCUUUUAUGCCUUCAAAAUCCCCUUCUCGGCAGACUGUGAUCAUCAGAACUAGUAACAAAGAAAUUUAAGUUUUUCCAAGAUUAUGAAAUUACAAGCACUAAUAAGUUGUGCCAUUCAGCCAUAGUGAAUAGGUCACCACCAAACUAUCAGCAGAGCCCCACUUGUUAAAAAGAUCUUGGUAGUUGACAUGGUGACAAACAGAAGCAUACUACUCGGCCUCUGCUGUGCCAGGUUUUAGCGCCUUCCCCACUGCAUCCCAGCAACUGAGCAACUGCAGUGGCUGCCACUGCUGCUGCGAGUAUCAAAUCCCUUCCAUCAUUGUUGAACUCUCGUUUGGUCUGUCCAGCUCCUCUAGCAGCAUUGGUUUCUCAAAUAUUGCAUUCAGAAUUCAGUUACGGGUACUUAUUCAAACUUUAUUAAGACUUGAUCAAAAUGUCUUACUUGCAGCUUUGAUGAAAUCUGGAUUGGAAGUCUGUUCGGUAGAAGUCAACACCACAGGUGCUUGCCUGAUCCUAUCUUUUGGAAAUUCUACCCGCUAUGUUCAUGCAACCUUCAAGAAAUCUCCUAUAACUACAAGUGAAGAUGAGGCUCGGGAAGCUGUAAAGAAGGCAUGCAAAGGCUUACAUUACUUCGCCAUCCAAGAGGCUUGGAUCCAGAUGCUCAUGUUGGAUUCUGGUUGCUAUUGGACCUACCACCUCCAACUGCGGUUGAAUGGGUUGCUUAAGUUAUUUGCUUUCAUCAGCAA